AUGAAACUCAUCAUCCUGGCGGUGGCGAUCUCCCUGGCAGUUCUUGCCAGUGGAUCUUACGUUCCAAGCACCAAAUUCGAAGCGAAAUAUGCGGACAAGGACUUCCUGUUCAAGCAAAAGUUCUUCUUCGAAGUGCUGCGCAACAUUCAUCUGCCGCUGAAGUAUGACGAAUACGUCCCGUACACCAAGACCUGGGUGUAUGAUGAGACUAAGUACAAUGACUUUGCUCAAGUGUCCGAGUUCUUCGACUUUUACAAGACUGGUGCCUUCCUGGAGAAGGGCGAGAUCUUCACCAUCUACAAUGAGCAGUAUCUGCGCCAGACCUACGCCCUGUUCACCUUCCUGUACAACAGCGUCGAUUUUGACACCUACUACAAGAAUGUCAUCUGGGCUCGUGACAACAUCAACGAGGGCAUGUUCAUCUACGUCCUGCAUCUGACCGUGAUGCACCGCUCCGAUCUGCAGGGCAUUGUCCUACCAGCCAUCUAUGAGAUCUACCCGUACUACUUCUUCAACACUGAAGUGAUCCGCUCGGUCAGCUACAAGAAAUUGUACGAUCCCAAGUUCGGAUUCUAUGGCAACGGCAAGUACAACGUCGUCUACGCCAACUACACUGCUUCCUAUCCCGUGGAUUACUACAACAACUUCUACACCGAGGAAUACCUGAACUACUACACCGAGGAUAUUGGUCUUAACUCCUACUAUUACUACUUCAUGAUGGACUAUCCGUUCUUCCUGGGCGGAGACAAGUUUGGACUGAUGAAGGAUCGUCGUGGAGAGCUGUACUGGUACAUGCACCAGAUGCUGAUCGCCCGCUACAACCUGGAGCGUAUGUCGAACUACAUGGGCACGGUCAAGCCGCUGGUGUGGCGUUUCCCGCUCAAGACCGGAUACUUCUCGCUGCUCAGCUACUUCAACGGUGUGCCGUUCAAGAGCCGUGACUACAACUAUAUGAUCAACGACGAGUUCUACUACAAGCUGGACUGGAUCAACAGCUGGGAGAUGAAGAUCCGCAAGAUCAUUGAGGAUGGAUACUACUUCAUGGAAGAUGGAUCUCGUAUCAACCUGCGUCUGCCGGAAUCGAUCGCUUUCUUCGGAGAUCUGCUCAACUCUAAUGUGGAUAGCGUUGAUGCCAGCUACGUGGGAUACAUUGAGGUGUUCUCGCGCCUCUUGCUCUCUGGAAACGACUUCAAUGCCUACAAGGUCUGGCCGUCCGCACUGAUGCAGUUCGAGACCAGUCUGCGUGAUCCAGUUUUCUAUCAGCUGUACGAGCGCUUCAUGGAUCUGUACUACUACUUCAAGCGGUUCCUGCCUAGCUACACUUUCGACGAGCUCAAUUUCAACGGUGUCGUCAUCAAGGAUGUCACCUUCGAAAAACUGACGACCUACUUCGACUUCUUCGAUUCGGAUGUGUCCAACGUGCUGCCGAUGCCUUCUACCGACAAGUACUUCGACUUCGCCGUCUUCGCUCGCCAGCGUCGCCUCAACCACAAGCCGUUCAGCUACACCAUGAACGUCAUGUCGGAAUACACCGGAAAGGCCAUCAUCCGCAUGUUCCUCGGACCGAAGUUCGAUCGCUUCUUCGACCUGCAGUACUACAAGAAGUACUUCUUCGAGCUUGACCAGUACAUGGUCGAUUUCACCACCGGCAAGAACACCUUCGUCCGCAACUCGCGCGACUUCUACUGGAGCGUCAAGGAUCGUACCAUGUACACCGAUCUCUACAAGAAGAUCAUGCUCGGCUUCAACGGACAGGAGAAGUUUGCCCUUGACAUGUCGGAGGCUCACUGCGGAUUCCCAGAUCGUUUGAUCUUGCCGAAGGGCUGGACCAGCGGUAUGCCGAUGCAGUUCUACUUCAUCAUCACGCCGUACACUGCCAAGACCUACGAGCAGGGCUACUUCUACGACAAGACCUUCUCGUGUGGUGUGGGAUCCGGUAUGCGCUUCUACGACAGCCUCCCGAUGGGCUAUCCAUUCGAUCGCGUCAUCAACUUCAACUACUUCUACACCAAAAACAUGUACUUCAAGGACGUGUUCAUCUUCCACAACGACGAGUAUAAAAUGAACCAGACUUACUAA